AAAACUUUACUAUACCCUCCCUGCUUUGAUGGCCGUAUAGUUUUGUAUCCAUCCGAUCAAAAUUUACGCGACUACCUCAGUUGGCGGCAAGCAGACGUUCAUAUUAACAAUUUAUAUAAUACAGCAUUUUGGAAUUUAGUGCUGAAAUCGGGUCUUACAAAUCAAGAAGCUGAAACUGAACUACGCGGUACAUUCUCAGCGGAUAAAAAUGAAUUACUAUUUACAAAAUUUGGAAUUAAUUACAACAAUCUUCCGGCUAUGUUUCGUAAAGGCACCAUACUUUUGAGAAAACGAGUGAAAAUUGAAAACAGUUUAAAUAGACAACUUAUUGUAGAUUUACAUAAUGAUAUGAUACGUGAUAAAUUUUGGAAAGAUCACACCGAACUGUUGGGUAAAUAUAAGCCUGGUGAUUACGUAUGUGAAUUGGAAAAUAUAUCAACUGUGUUGAAACACCAAAUAGAUAAGCUUAAUACAAAUGAAAAACAAGAAAAUAUCGAAUGUUGUAGUUAA